UAACAGCGACCUUGUCGGGUCCCAUCCUCUCGAAUCCGCAUAUGAAGAGAACAAAACGAACCAGGAGAAGAUGAAGAGGACGGUCCUUGCCAACACUUACGGCUUCUCCUUGCCCACGAGGAUGGAGUUGGAACGCUGGAUCCUCUCCAGGUUUCAGAGGCCUAUUGGAGCAAUACCCUCUUCCAUGUUGGGUUUAGAAGCCAUGACAGGAGCUGUGGAAGACUUCGGUUUUGAGGACUACCUGAAUGAUCCAAAGGAAUCUGAGAGUGUUCGUCCAUCUAACCUGCAUCAUGGCAUGGAAGUGAGGCUCGGGUUAUCCAAAGGACCGGUGUGCCCUAAUUUCGUCUGAAUCAUUUGGCUGUGGUUAAU